CCUAGACUGGUGCACGUAUCUCCUGCGCUCUUUGGUUGACACACAUGGACGCUGGUCCCAAGGCGGAACUCGCAAAUUCACCGGGCCAUUACUCUUUUUAAUUCUCCUGUACGUGGACAGGGUCGUGGUAGGUCCAUGGGACGUGCCUAGAACAAUCCCUACGUUAGAAGGAUGAACGUCAGAUCUACUCAAAGCACGGGAGGCAAGGGAGAUUACUGCACAAGGCUUUGGGGUGGGCCACCUAGAAGAUCCGCCACAUGCAACAACCGACCAAGCGCCUCCGUCAGAACCACCACUAUCUAACCAAGUAGCUCUCAGCCAGGGAAUAGUGCACCAGCCAUCAACGGUUAACACCCCACAGGGGUUCACCCAGCUCCUUGAUACCACAACUAGGGACCUCAUGUGCGCUGCAACACGAGUGGCUGAUAUGGUACGGGAGAACUGCGCACAAGCCUAUGGGGAUCACAAUUUCAAAAGGGUCAACGAGGCAUCCAAACUUCUGCUAGAGGUAUUGCAGCACGAACCGAAGGGCACAUACUCGACCAUCGACCAGGAGCCCCAUACGCCCCAUCAAACUUCCAUAGAUCGCGAAGAUGCGUUCUGGCAAAACCCUGACAACAUCAAGGCGUUAGAACGCGCUGAAUUGGCGGCGAUACGGGCAACCACGGGUAGCGACAUGCCCAGUUUCAGCCUGGGAUUCACACAAAAGUACCCUACGCAGGGAAAUGAGGACCCAAUACCACUCGCUACGCAGGUUGCCAACCGGGGAGAGCGAUCGGGGGCCCUACCAUUAGCAGCGCCACAAAACGAACAACCGGAGGACGACAUGCCCAGUUUCAGUUUGGGGUUCACACAAGACUACUCUACGCAGGGAAAUGAGGACCCAAUACCACCGGCUACGCAGGUUGCCAAUCGAGGAGAGCGAUCGGGGGCCCUACCAUUAGCAACGCCACAAAACCAACAAUCGGAGGACGACAUGCCCAGUUUCAGUCUGGGGUUCACACAAGACUACUCUACGCAGGGAAAUGAGGACCCAAUACCACCGGCUACGCAGGUUACCAACCGAGGAGAGCAAUCGGGGGCCCUACCAUUAGGAGCGCCACAAAACCAACAACCGGAGGACGACAUGCCCAGUUUCAGUCUGGGGUUCACACAAGACUACUCUACGCAGCGGAAUGAGGACCCCGUAACACCAACUACACAAGUUGCUAUUCGGGGAGUGCACGCCGGGGUCCUACCAUUGCGAGCGCCACAGAACCAAGAAUCGGAGGUCUUACCAGUCGUCGUCAUUCCAGACCGCAAAGGGAAACGUCCGCUGAAUCAAGAUGCUAGACCGUUACGCCUUUGCUUCAGUCCGUUGAGGGGUUACCCAACCGUUCCCAUACCACCAAUUUACAUGGUAUGGAUGUGGGCCUUCAACUGCCCCAACACCAACCGCGACGAGGUCCUGUUCCGCCAUAAACAGCGAACCGCCAACUGGUCUCACUUUCUGACAUUGAGAGAGGGGGUGAACGUCUCAGCGGCGGUGGUAGAUGCCUGGUCUACUGUGCUAAAUGCCCGCGAAAAAUCAAGGAAAUGGGGGACGCCUUCUCGCCUCUUCGCCUCCACAGCCACUAUUGUCGGUACCGUAGUGCCAACGAUAGGCACCCGGGAUGAGAUGAUCGAAUUGUUUAAAGCGCGGCUAUGGGCGGAUUUUCAGGCCUCUGAGCAUGUGGGGAGUGCAACUCUAGACCUGCUUGACAUGCUCUCGGAGUACUUAGAAAGCAAGCACCAGCUUGCCCGAUCAAUCCGAGUCAGGAACCUACGCCCCAAAAGGACGCAAAUGCCAUGGCGAACUACAACUCCCGGCGCUGAUUCGGCUGUCUUUGCAAUGCGACAUAUGGAAUCAUUCACCGGCCAACCCUGCAGCAGUUGGGAGUGUGGGCUACAAAAAGGGAAUCGCGAACAACUCAACUGCCUGCGUAGGCGCUUUAUGCACAACAUUCUAAUGGCUGAGGCAAAUGAGUGCAUGCAUGAGGUGUCCACUCGCGUGGGGCGGUAUGACUGUGAUCGGGGCCCCCGACGUGCCCACUAA